ACCCUCAACCCUCAUGUCUCAUAUGGCAGUAUCAGCACUAAGGAGCUGGAAUAUGAACGGGAACUGUCACUCAAAGGUCUCGGCUACACCCCCAUUAACAAUGUCACCAAUCACAUCAUGGAAGAGGUGGCACGGGAACUGUCUAUGAAUGAGCGAUUAGAGAUGUUCUCCACUGAGAAAGAUUUGGAGAAUGCCAGUCUCUAUGAACCUGAUGGCUUUGUAGGAGUGGUCUUCUUGGAUUCAAUGUCGUACCGUCUGCGAUUCCCGUACAGCCAGCUCCCUCUGCCUAGCGACUUCACCGAAUCCAUAACAAACUGUUACACAAACUAUGUCAACUGCCGUGCCGCCAACUACUGGUAUUCUGGAUUCAUACGGCUGCAGUCUCUCAUUGAUGCUGCCAUUAUACAG